GAUCUUAAUCUUCAAGGUGGUCAUUAGGGAAGAUAUGUUCGGAAAGGUAAGUUGGGCCGGAACCGUUUAGGGCUUUAUAGGCUAAAGCCAGCAUUUUGAAUUAGGCUCAGUAGCAGACUGGCUGUUGUGGAUGAGUCUCUGAGUAGUAGUAACAACAGGGAGUUGGAGAGUAGGCAGGCAGAAAGGUCUACUCGGGAACAAGAUCCUAUAGAAAAGUAAAAGCAGAAGAGGAUUCGGCAAAUACUUACUGAACCCACUGAUGGGUCUUUUGAAGGGUUUGAUGGGGAUGAUGGGUUUGACAAUGAAGCAGUUUCUAUGAGAAGUGCUGGGAGUGACACUGAUGAGGUUGUGGAUAAGAUGGAUUGGACAAAAGUAGCAGAAGUGGGUGAGGAGCCUACAAGUAGUGGCACAUUCAGAAGAUCUGUUGGGAAUGAAACUUGGAGGGAAGAUGAUUUGUCUGCUGUUUGGGAGGAUGUAAGUAGAAGCAAGAGAAAGGGCCGCUUGGCAGGCAAGGCAAAGAGCAGUUCGGGCAGAACAACUGGCAGCUGAGCGUGGGGUGUUGUCUGAUUCUAGUUUGGAGGAGAAUGCAGGAGCAGCUGAGGGUGGGGCGUUGGCUGAUUGCAACUCAGAGGAAGGUUUAUAAUAAAAGGAGGGUUGGUUGCAAUAGGGACCUUGUGACUGGCAAAGUGUAUGCUGGGUUGCAUGUUAUGCUGGGUCAUGAUUCCUGAACUUUGUGGAUUCUUUGGGAUUUGCUACUGUUCUUGGUUUGGACCUCGGAUCGCUUCUGGACACUGUGUUUGCUCUUGUGCCCUGACUUUGGAUUGGAAGUUUGACGCUGCUGCUGUAUCCUGUAUCCGGGUAUUUUGGGAUGUCUCUUUCCUGUAUGAUGUUGUUGCUGUAAAAGAUGUAAGGAAUCCUCCUCCAACACGUGAAUCCAAGGCUUUGGGAGCUUUGCAGCAAAAAGACCUUGCAGUUCAACCUUCACCAAAUAUAGCAGAUACUCUUGUGCCAGAGGAAUUUCAUGUUGUAAAGAACAGAGGUGUCCUGGGCUUGGAGUAUUAUGAUGAUAAAUACACAACACUACUUGAAGACGAGGAGAACAGGCUACGGGUUUUUCCCUCCAUGAAACCAUCUGGGCGACUAGAAGUUCUGCAGUUGAUGAAGGUGAUGGACAGCAUGUUGGAAAAGGCUGGCAUAGAUAAGGAGGAUGUUGCAGUAACAGGGCUUUCACAGAUGCAUAAUGUCUUGGAAGUAUUAAAAGUGGAACAGAACAUCUACAACAUCGUGUUUCAUGAAAUCAUCAGACAAGUCAGUGUGGACUGUGCAGAACGAGGGGAACUUCUUUCCAGGCUCAGACAAAGAUAUGUUGAGUUGCUGGAACGGAUUCCCAGGCAGAUGAAGAAUCUGUACAAAGAAAUGAUGGCACAGAGAGUAAUGGACAAACACAUCACAGAUGAGUUAUUCAAUUUCAAAGAAACAAUAGGACAGCUGACAAGGGAGCUGAAUACUAUUCGAGAACAUGACCGCAAAGCAACUCUUGAAGCAGAGAAAGCCUAUAAGGAGCUGUCAAAGGCCAUACUAGAUUCUGAGAUGAAUGCAAACUUUUUGGAUGAAUAUCGUCAACUGUAUGAAUUGCAGAGAAGAAGACUUGAAGCUCAGAUUCAACAGUUAACCCAUGAGAAAGAGCUAUGGAGUAGUGCUGCAUAUGAUUUGGCCCUUAAGGUGAUUGAAAAGAAUAAGCUGAUCUUGGCCCGCAGAAUGUAUAGCAGUGAAAAAACAUGGCAUAAAGUCAUGAGGCACAUCAUUAUGCUUUUGGAAUCACAGGACACUACUGAUCUUUCAACUCUGCAGCAGCUGACACUGGAGUAUCGAGAGCUCGUGGCAGAAAUUGGCAAAAAAGUGGUCCAGACUGAAGAAACUUGCAGGGAUAGGGCAAGAACUAUUCAGAAUGGUUUGACUGGAUGGCUAAAUUACUUCCAAAACCAUGUUCUUGGAAAAGGAAAUUACAAUUCUGCAAAGGGAGCCUCUUUCCUGGAUGAAGUCCUUGUGGAUCUCAAAGCCUGGGAAAAGACAUUAACUGAGGAGUUGGCUUUGUAUGGAGGGGAAAUGUUUCUAGUGAGACAAGAACCCCUCAAAACAGCCACCAGUCUACAAAAACAAUGGGUGGACUUGGGACUUGCUGUACUUGGCCGCCACAAAGAUCUCCAUGGCAAAAUGCCUCAUGAGUUGAACAUUCUGGAAGAAAUCAACAAAAAAGCCGACAAGCUCUCUGAAGAGUACCGUCGAAGGAUGGGCGGGGAGAAUGGGUCUGCUAGGAUUUUAACAAGUUUACUUCACAGUUUAGAGGACUGGGCAUUUAAGCUGGAAACUGCCCAGCAGAAGGGUGAAAUGCAUGAAACUACCUGGAUAAAAUUUUUUCAAAGUGUUUCUGAAUGGGUGGUCCAGAUAGAUGAUCUUUUAAAAUGGAUUGGUACCAGCAACACACCCGAAGAACGAAAGCAAAGCUCAAUUAAGUUAAUACAGGUAGAACCAGAGGAGUUGUUCAAGAAGAUUCAGCAUUGGAUCCUGACAACAACUAGUGGUACUGAAAAAGGAACUGUUCAGCUCACACAGGAACUGACUGACUUCCACUAUGUUCUGAGUAAGUGGAUGGCGAAGUUGUUGAUUCACAUGGUGCCAGACUCCAUUUCUCACCACACUCUCCCCUUAACCGAAGCUGAGGCUGCAAGGCAGGCAGAACAGAAGUUCCUAAAUAUUUUCAAUUUGGAAAUAGAAGCCAAAAGUCUAGCUGCGAAGUUGAGCAAAUUCUCCUGUUACGUAGUCAGCUGUUGCAAGGAGAUGGUUGCAUCAAUAACACGCAAGAAAAUGGCUUCUUUUGAACCAUUUGCAGACCACGAGCUGCAACAGUUGGAGAAGAUCAAGACAGAGUGCCUGGAUUGGAUUGAAACUUGCAAUCUUCUUCUGUCUGGAAUGAAGACUUCUCCUACCACCUUAGUCAGCCAACAAGAACUGGUCAACCUGUUUGGGAUAGAGGCAGUUCUGUCAAAACGACCGCUGCCGCCUCGGCCAGAGACUCCUCUCCAGAGCUCUUCCUUCCUUCAAACUAAACACGAUGACAAGACUGUCAAAGAAGCUGGUAUGAAGAAAGAAGUGGAAAUGCCAGAAACACUGGAGUCAGAGGAAACACCACCUGUGCCUGACACCAGCACUGGUGUACAAACCGAAAAUGUUGAGAUUAUUCACCCAGUAAGAUAUGUUGGUGAUGAUGCUAAUGUGUACACCAAGUCUCUGGAUGUGGAAGAACUUACAGUCUCGGGGAGGGAGUUAUAUGCCAGCCAGUGGACCACUGAAUUCUCAAAAAAGGAAUUUGAGAUGCUGGCUUCACUGGAAAUUCUGGAAGAACGGCUUAUAGAGGCUGAAAAGCGGGCACAGCAAGCUGAGGAAAAAUCUGAAGUCCUUCAUGAAGAGUUGGAAGAAGCCCUGGCAAAAAUCCAUGAUCUGGAGAGUGAGGACAAACUAGGGGAAGAGGAAGCAGAGCUUGAAAAAGAAGUCCCUUCUAAAACAAAGCUGGAUACAUCCUCACAGCCUGGUAAACGAAGCACACCCCGCGUUAAGAAAUCCACCAAACCUAAGCGUUGAAGAUAAUAGCCGCAGGAAUACCUUUGGUUCUUGUGCAUAGCACAAUACGUGGGUUGCAAAUCUUUGAAGUUCAAGGGUGAGAAUUUCUGUUCUGUAUCAGUACAUACAUGGACAUAAGCUUGCUGAACUUUC